AUGAUGCUCAACUCAGACACGGUGGAGCUGGACCUGCCUCCCUCCCACUCAGAGACCGAGUCAGGCUUCAGCGACUGCGGGGGUGGGGCGGGCCCCGAUGGGGCUGGGCCUGGGGGUCCAGGAGGGGGCCAGGCCCGGGGCCUGGAGCCGGGAGAGCCCGGCCGGAAAGACCUGCAGCACCUGAGCCGGGAGGAGCGGCGGCGCCGGCGCCGGGCCACAGCCAAGUACCGCACGGCCCACGCCACGCGGGAACGGAUCCGCGUGGAAGCCUUCAACUUGGCCUUCGCGGAGCUGCGCAAGCUGCUGCCCACGCUGCCCCCCGACAAGAAGCUGUCCAAGAUCGAGAUCCUGCGCCUGGCCAUCUGCUACAUCUCCUACCUGAACCAUGUGCUGGACGUCUGA